GCCGGAGCUCUUUGCCGUGUCGGUCGGGUCGCUCCUGCCGCUCCCCCUUCCUCCACCCCUCCCCUCCUCCUCUCUCUCAGCCCGUGCGCGUGCGUGCGUCCACUCGUGCGUGCCCUCGCGCGUGCGUUGCGGUGGGCCAUGGGCGGCGUGCCGUCGGGUGUCUGCGUGGCGGCCGGCCGGCGCCGUGUCGGCCCCCGUGUGUGAGUGUGUGCGUGUGUGUGUUUGUGCUUGAGCGUGUCUGUGUGCCAGAGGAUACCACGCCGCAGGAUGUCUCCGGACAGGACCCGCUUCCUCAUCCUCGCCGUCAUGCUCCUGACAGCACACGCCGCGCGGGCCAUCAACGUGCGCCUGGAGGCGCCUCAGUGGGUGCCGCUGGGCGGCCAGGCCCUGUUGCGGUGCCGCUACUCGGUGCAGUUCACCGACCUGCACAUGGUGGCCUGGUUCCGCGACAACAAGAAGAUCUUCACCUUCAUCAAGGGGAGGCGGCCCGCCUUCACCAACCACACCGUGCCCGGCGCCGAGGUCGACAUGACGCACAGCAAUGAGCGGGAGGUUCUACUCACAAACAUGGAUGUGAACGCCACCGGCGACUUCUACUGCGAGGUCUCCACCGAGGUGCCCAGCAUCUACACGAAGGCGUCCGAGGAGGUCUUGAUCACCGUGUACAAGCCGCAGCGCAGCCCGCCCAAGGUGACCGGGCUGGACACGGACUACGCGCCCGGCCAGAGGGUCAGCGCCAACUGCACCUCGGUGGACGGCCACCCGCCGCCCGCCAUCACCUGGCUGCUAGACGACAUCCCUGUGGACGAGAGCCAGGUGGUGACCUGGGUGCAGCCCGUGGGGUCCUCGAUAUCGGGAUCCUCACUGUCGCUCGUCAUGGACCCCCUGGACGAGCGGCAGGAGGCGCGGGAAGUGAAGGUGACGUGCGUCGCCUCGCACCCGCCCUACACCGGACCGCUGGAGUACGUGGACAUCCAGCGGAAGGAGAUCACAGUGUCGGUGAUGAAGCCCCAGGAGACGUUCGACAACACCCUGGAGUCCAUCAGCAGCAGCAGCGCUGCCGCCAACGCCGCCCUCCGCGGCCGCCCCGUCGAGGCCGUGGUGCUGCUGGCCGCCGUGGGCUGCGUGCUGCGGCGCCCGUAGAGACUCGUCUGCUCAGGCUGUCGGCACUCCUCACGCGCUGCUGCGCGGUGUGCGGCCCGGGCGCGGGCCAUACCGCGGUACGGCGGCAGGGCGGAAGCGGCCCGGGCCCGCACACCCCCUGUCCCCGCAUUGCGCUUGUUUGUAAAUAGCGGAAGGGAAGCGACGGGGAGGGGACGUCACGGGGAUGUCCCGGGACACCGUUGUCGAGCGGAUCUCGCGCUCUGCUCGGUUUUGUACGCUUGUCGUUGUCCCCUUGCUGGAAACUGGGGAGGCGAAUGCGAGGCCGUCUCCGUUCAGUCGGAGGAGGUCCGCUUUCAUUUUUCUUAUGGAUAAUACAUAUAAGCUGUAACAUUUUAGGCUGAGCUAUUUAUUGAGACCUUUAGGUAAUUGUCUGUCGUGAUGUCGAUUGAUAAGGACAUAAGGAUUUGUUGUCUUCGUGUAAUUACUGCCUGCCUAAUAUCUGAAGGAAUUGUAGACCUGUUCCUGUUCAAUUUUCAGUGACUUGUUAAAAUAUUGCAUAGUCACAUGUAUAUGUCCUGUCGUUGUCUUGUGAAUAGGAUUUUUUUAUUAUUUUUUUCCAGUCUUAUCCUUGAACCGAAUUAGGUUCAACUUCUGUAGUCAUCUCUAAAUAUCCUUCGCAUUGACUGGGCUGAAAUAAAUCUAUAUUGUGUUCUAGUGUCGGUAGGCAUUGCGUUUUUCAUGACAAUGUUGAUAAAAGACUCUCUUAAGCUAUAGUGUAAAAAUAAAUCUACUAUUGUAAAGAUGAAAAUGCUGUAUAUUUUCGCAAUUUGGUUGAUGAAAUUGUGUAUGGGUGUGUGUGAGUGUGUGUGUAAUGUGUAACGUAAGGUUUAUGUGUGCCUACUGUACAGAAAAUGUUUUAUAUGUUAAAAUGGUAAUUAAAUUUUGUUGAUAAUUUUUAUUGUUAUGGAUAAUGUGUGAGUGUAUAGAUCUUAUAUGUAAACCUUAAAAAAGGUCUUACUGCUGCUUUUGGUGGUUGUUAAUAAUGUACUUGCUAUUUUUGUGAAUGCAAAACUGAUGUAUUGUAAGGUAAAUGAACCACUCAGUUGUAUUGCUCAAUCAGAAAAUUGCCUGUUACAAUCAGAAAAUUGUAUCAUUAAGGAUUCCACAGAACGGCGAUUACGUAAGCGUUCAUAAUUCAAGAAAAUUGUAAAAAAUGUCUAGGCCUAAUGUAAAGCAUACAUAAAGUUUUGUGGUAUCUCUUUAUGGUUUUGUAUCAAACUUUGGGCUUUCUGUUAAACCUUGCCAGAGGGGUAUACUGUUUACCUUCAUCAAAAAGAGUGAAGUGUUUCCACCCUUAAAUUGUGUGCAAUUUACAGAGUUGCAUUUAUCAAAAUCUUUUUUCCAGUUGUCCCUUAUCAUCUUAUGUGUGGCUCCCGCAUUUCUUUUUUUUCUUUUCCUGGAUCCAUUAGUAAUACUGUCACAGCCCCAAAACAAGUAUCAAGGUUGGAUGGUUUACAGGUGUAAUUUAUGUGGUAUUUCUAAAAUAUCCUGUAGAAUUUAUGACCUGUUGAGGAAUUGUACCUGGAACAAGUUAGGGAGCGUCUAGCGACAACCAUCUCUUAUCUGUUUUUGAUUAAUUGUUGUGAAAUGGCAGUAAUGGCAUAAUAUCUGUAUCCAUUGACCAUGGUUACUUCUGCCUUGAAAAAAUAACUGGGCUUCUUCAGAAGCUGAAUCUUUACUAAAGCUGGUAUGACAAUAUUCUGAACCGAAAUCGGACUUAACACGUAGCAUCAUGAAUAAGAUUACAUUGACCAAUAGAUGAAAUUGAUUCCAUGUUUUCAUAAGUCCUUCACAUUUUACACGCUGUCUAGUUUUUGUCCUGGUAGGAGAGUCAGCAACCUCAAAAUGCAGAGCAACAGUGCCAAAGUCACGAUGUUUAUUUAUACAUAACUUUGUCUCUUUCUUCCUUCAUCCAAUUAAAAGAGAUAGAGCUAUCUCAUUGCACGACAGUCUACCAGUGCACAAGCUUUCUAGCCACUUGCUAUGUCUCUUAUUGUGGUUACAAGUAAGUGGAUAAAGAAUAAGAUUUUACUAAACUAUGAAAAUGCAAUGAUAACCAUGUGCCACUGACGUGUAAUGCUUUUGGGGGUUGACUUGAAGCAGUUUCCUGUCAAUUAGCUGCAAACUACUCUGUCAUAAUUUUCUUAGCACUAGCUUUGUUAUGCAAGUAGUCUAUUUGAAAAUACCCUUAAGGUUAUGCCUAAUUACAAUAUGAAUCAAAUCUAAGAGCAGUCAACAAAUUUCUGUUAUUACAUUUCUUUGUUUCCAAUAGCUCUUGCUGAUUUGUAACAUUUCUGACUCUCCUUCAAUUAUUUGCCUAGCAUUGGGUACUGAAAUGACAAGCUCUGUUAUGUUUAUUGCUUGGAUUGAAAACUUUUGUGUUUGUGGAUUAAAGGCUCAACCCUUCAAAAAUCUUAAUAUUCUGACCUACAUAAAAAUAAAAAGUGUUUUUUUUUUUUUGUUACAUUAAAUUGAUUUAAACUGUUAGAGGCCAGCCUGCACUCGUUUCUUAAGGUGUUACAUAUAUCUUUUGGACAGCUUAAUUUAGUGUGCGUAACAGCUAUUAUGUGUGUGAACGAGUUGUAUAGUUGUGCUUCGUGAACCAAGCGCCCACAUGUCUUCCUCUCUCGUCUACGACGUCUAUUAUUAUUAUUACUAAUUAAUUAAUAAAAUAUUGGUAGAAAACCCUGAUAAACGUUUGCUGUCACACAUCCCACUCAUUUUCAAACUUUUAGUAAAUUUCAUGCCUCUUUUUUCUAGAUAGUAUCUGUGGAUUGGUUUCCUGCUUGUACGUAAUCCAGCAGAUCUAGCUGUGUCUCCAAGUGGUGCUAUGUGACAGCAAGUGUUUGCCAACGGAGUUGAGUUUGUAAGUCUCUGUGCUUUAUGUUGUGUGCCACUAAGGGUGACUUCUGCCUAUUGUCUUUGACUAACCAAUCCUUCAAAUUUUAAGCAAAGAAAUACUGUAAUUAAUUAUUAAAUCAAUAGAUUUUUUUUUCUAAGUUAUAAUACAACUUUGCCUUUUAUUAAAAAAUUGUGAAUGUUUCAAUGUGAAAAAACAGUAUGUUUACCUCUAAUGGAUUUUGCUUGUUUUGUCACCCUUAUGCAGACAAACCAACAACGAUUGUUCUGGAAUAAAAUAUUAACAAGAAAGUAAAAAAAGAUGUUAUCUACGUACUUUCUUUGAAUAUAAAAUAUAGACAUUGUCUCUAGCAUGCA